AUGGAGGGAGAGAAGCCGCGCCGACGUCUCCCGCGGACGCCGUCGCCUGACAACGAAUCCGGCCAUCGGCCUCUCCACGCUGUCCAUAGUGCAGAUCCCAGCGUCCUCUCUUCUUUCAAGUAAGUUGCUAGUUUUGAAAUAGGUUUAUAUUGGACAUAAAUCCUCAAAUAUUGAAUUUCCUUGAUUACUUUCUUAUUUGCUUUUCUACUCAUGGAUCAAAAUAAUUGCGCCUCGAAGAAAUUCGGUUCAGUUUUUGAAGUUUGAAUACAAAUUUCCAUUUUUUCGAACUCUUCUACUUUGGAAUUUCAUAGUGAUCAGUAUAGGGAUAAAAUCGAGGUGGUCCCUAUAGGGGUCUUUGAAUUUCUUUCAAAAAAAAAAAACGUUUGUUGCUUGAUUUUUUUGCAUACAGUUCAUGGAAAUUAUCGACUAGCAUGUCCUCUAUAGGGGCCACUAACUAAAACCCCUAUAGGGACCAUUUUUGCAAGUUUAAGUGGCCCCUAUAGGGGUUGGUAAAGUGGUUUUAGAAGUAAGUCUCCAAGGGCCACUAAGAUUGCCCCUAUAGGGACCACUCUGGAGAUUUUAAGUAUAUUUCUUCCCAUCCAAUAUAAGCUUCGAAGUUUUUCAGAAAAUUAUUUUUUUUUUCUACGUUUUUCACGGACUUUGUACUGAAUCGUGUCAGCAUCCAAAGCACCUAUCUACAAGUAUUUGACUGUCCCGCCUUCUAUUUUGAGAGGACUUUUGCCGUUGAGAAAGAGCCCGGCAAAUGGCGUUCGGAUAAUUGAAGGCGGUGCGUGACAAGUUGUCGAAGGAAACAUGCGGAGACGUUAAUUACGCUUGUCGGCGACAGAUUUGGCCAAUCACCUAUCCUUCGAGCCGCGCCGACUCGUCGAACGUCUUCACCCUUUAUCCUUCUUGUAUUCCUCGUCGUCGUCCUUCUUCGGAGAAUCGCCAUGAAGUGAGCUCAUCUUCUUUCAAUUUCAUUGGUAUCCUACAAGUUCUGCGUUCACUCUCGAUACAAAGGAAGGAGAAAUGGAGGCGGAAUUCAGUAGGCCAUCAAUCAUUUGGAAAGCAACACAUUUGCUGCAACAAAAAUUUCGUAUUUAUUGCUUUUCGCUUGGAAAUAGCUAAAAGUGGCAGAAAUCUCACAUCGGCUUCGAAGGGGUUCAAAAAUGCUCGGCCUAAGGAGUUCCAGAGGGGUCCCUAUAGGCGAAAAAUCAAGGUUUCGCUUAUUUAUAAAAGUUGGUAAAGUGGAUCCUAGAGGGGACCCUCCAAGGCCCUUGAAGUUGCCCCUAUAGUGGGCACUGUAGAGUUCCUAAGACGAUUAUUUGAUCCCAAAAGUCUUUUGACACUAUUUCAGCCAAUAUUUAAUUCAAUGUCUUCUUCAAUUAUUUCGUAUCGAACAUAUAAAAUUUAGUACUCAGGAACUCCAGAGUGAUCCCUAUAGGGGCAACCUUAGGAGCUCUUGGAGGGAACACUUUACCAACCCCUAUUGGGGUCACUGAAGCUUGCAAAACUGGCCCCUAUAGUGAACAUUCUACUCGAUAAUUGUUAUGAACUCUGAGAAAGCAUUUUCAUGGGAAAAGCUGAAAAUAAGUGUUUCUUGAAUGAAAUUGAACGACCCUUAUAGGGUCCACUUGAGCUUUAAUUGCUGAGAGGUUAGACCCUAAUAUCCUAUAGAAAUCACCUUAAUUUCACCCCUAUAUGGACCACUUUUCCAGUUCCUAUAGGGGUUGUUUUUUAAAAAUUUCUGAAGCCAUGCGGGAGGUGUUUUUGGAAUUUCUGCUAUAUCCAGCUAAAUAUUUUCAAUCAACUAUAACAUGCGGUGUUGAUGGAAAGUUUUCGAAAAAAUAAUGGGGGUGGGCAAGCGAAAAUGAUCAGCUCAUGUGUUUGCUGAUCUGUCACAGAUUGGAGUUGUGAUGAAAACGAGAAGCUAGAUGAAAAUAGGACACCUUUUUUUUGUUAUGUGUUCGAUUGGGCAGCCGCUCUCGGGCAAAAACGUCGAAAACGUAAAGCGAAAAGCAAUAGCGAAAAGUAGUCAACUGUAGUUUUGCGUGGAAAACCUCGCCGUUCACCUGAGAGGUGGCGCCUCGACGAAACGGCGAGGCUAAAAUCGUAUAUGGCGGAACGGGGAACGCAUGGAAAAACGAGCCGACGUUACUAUUACAUCGUCGGCUCCGCAGCCACCUGUUUCCUACCGCCGCCCGAGGUGUUUCUCGCAAAUCCGCCGCUUUUUUGCGUUUGUCGGUGUCUGCCGACUGACAGCUCGCUUGUCUUUGAUCAACUCCGUUGUUAAUUGCCCUCGAAACCGCUGGUCAGCGACUGACGGAUGUUGCUCAGCUGACCGUCAAGUCCAGGUCGCACUCUCUUGUCUAGCGCGUUCGGUUUUCUUUGCAAAUUCGUUUAUAGUCUAGUCAAGUUACAUAAAUGUCCCAUCAGAUUUUGAUUCAUAGGCGGUUCAUAUCAAAGCUUGUUCAAGCCUUCCGUCACUUUCUAACCAACUUUUUCGGAUUUUAAAACUAACGAUACAAAAGUUAAGAAUCAGAUUUCGAGCUCGGUUUCGAAAAUUACAAUAAAAAGAAUGACAAACAGUAACCUUCUCCUUCUCGAGAAAAAACUCAUCAAAAACAGAAUUAUUUGCAAGUCCACGUUUCAACCGUAUAACUCCAAGGCUUCAAAUUAGUCCCUCACCUCUAGCAAUAACGAAAAUUAGACCCACUGCACCAAUAUUUUUCUCUACCUUAAAAAACAGAUCUGAAGACAGCCAAGCCGUCAAUUUUAAAUCCGAAACAGCGUUAGUUUAUGAAUUUCUAUCCUCAUCUCAUUGAACUCAAAAUAGUUCCUUAAUUGAUUUGAAUCAGAAGCUGACUUCUUCACAUUACAGUAAUUAUUAGGUCUUUUAACAUUGACCAUUAUUAGAUCUCUAUAAUGGAACGUAUUUCUAUCAAAAAGAGGGGCAAGAAAUACUGGAAUUAUCCAGUGGAAGCGACAGAAAUGGGCUGAGCGGUCCUAGAAGACUCCGAAUUUUUUCGAUAAGUUUUCUCUGUUCGACUGAAAAUUUCUUAACUAACUCUCUACUUAAGAAAUUUUUAUUUCCUAUUGAAAGUUAAGAGAACCGUUUGCACCUCUGAUUGGAUUUUAUUUUUGUCCUUACAUAGGCAAAGUUGGAAGAACCCUUUGAGCGUCCGUUAUGGAUGCAAAGGUUUCCAUUAAUUUUUCCCAAACGGGUGGCAACGGUUUCCUUUCCACUGCCUUUUUCCGUCUUUCCAUCGGCAGUUAUCCACCCUUUUUGGACCCUUUUGAGAAAAAUGUUUUAAUUGAGAAUAAUUUUUACCAGUGAUUGUGUAUGAACCAAAAUGUGCUGAAGUAAUAAAAUCGGAAAUAAUCAAUAGCAGAUAUUUUCGGAACCCUUUUGCACCCUCACUCUUUUUUCACCCUUCUUGCGGCCUUUCCCUUUUUUCACCCUUUUUUGACGCUUUUUAGCCCACCAAGAGAGAAAGGCUCAACAAAGGCCGCAAAACGGAACCAUCUUAGCGGCCAUUUUGCACCCGUUUUCCGCACUUUCGACUUUGGCAGUGUUAUCAAUCUGAACUUUAGCGUCUCGUUUCUUUCUUUAGAAACAGUUUGGUCAAGUCAAACGCGGAACAACUCAAAGAAGGAUUUCAAUCUGACUAAAUUGACGUGUUUCGAAACUGUCACUUCCAUCUCCUCCAUUCUAUUAUAAUGCAAAAGUUUGCCACUUUUCUCAGUUUCCGCUUCACUUUCUCUUCUUGGUUAGCUGUAGAUACAUAUGUUUCUUUGAAAAGUGAUGAAAGUUGGCUCCAGCACUGGAAAUCAGUCAUGCGAUGUUGUUUGCUUUUGUUUACAUAGAGAAAAAAGGCGGAAGAAACGGCCGCGCACCUGGACGAAUCCUUGUUUUUGGCCGCCAGCUGUUUUCCAGCUCCACAGCUUGUUAAUCAUUGGAGGAUUGAGUGGUCCGAGGCAACAACGGUUUGCAAAAAAAUGGGUUUUGCAAUUUUCCAACCAAAAAGCAAUGUUUUUGUUGGUUUUGAGACAUUUCUGCUUUCCGAAAAACAAGGAGAGCUCUUAAAUUGAGUUAUAACGUCAUUUUUUUUAGUGUUAGUGGAACUUAGCCUUGUUCUUUGGAAAGGUGAGCUUCCUGAAAUUUUCUACAAAAGCAGUAAAUUUUUUUUCUUUUUUGUAUUGUGAUAUUUUUUAUUCACAUCCCCUACAACGCGAAAAAAGGUCAAAUAUUUUGAGGAUACAUCUUAGGAACUCUAGAGUGGUCCCUAUAGGGGUCAGAAGAAAAAAACAGCCCCCAAAAGGAACAAAAAGUGGUCCCUAUAGGGAUAAAGUUCAGGUGGUCCCUAAAAGUUUUUAGGGCCACACUUCUUAGCCCCUGAAGCUCAAAUGGCCCCUAUAGAGGUUUGGGAAAGAAAAAGUCCCUAUAUUUAACUUAAACCCAUAAAGGGACCACCACCAUGACCUCUAUAAGGGCCUCUAACUUAAACCCCUAUAGGGGCCACUACCAUGGCCUCUAUAGGAACCACUAGCACGACCGCCAUAGAAGCCACUAACUGAAACCCCUUUAGGGACCACUUUUACGAGCUUUUGGGGUCCCUAUAUGGGUCAGUAAAGUGUCCCCUAGAGGGAACCUUCCAAUGACCCCUAAAGCUGCCCCUGUCGACUUCUUAAGUCGUAAACUAUAACUCUCGAAGCAACUUACUUUCCCACGCGCCGUUCUGAUGACAUCACUUUUUUAAAGUUGCAAAACCUUGGGUCCUCAAUUUUUUCUUUGCGCAUUUUUUCAAAACGAACAACAACUCUGAUUUAAAACGACAGACUUGGAAGACCAACUUCCGAGAUUUGUCUUCAUAUUGUCACAUCCCCCUGGCAAGGCGAACAACACACGCCGGUUGGCGCCGUCAAAAAGACGUGGCGCGUGGCCUCUGAGCUGCCCCCAGGGCCCUUUGUUCUUCCAAAAUGACGUUGACGGGGCAGGACUACUUGUCGCUGUUUGGUUCGUUUAGUUGUCGCUGCUGCCCCCUUGGAAACUUUUCCUUCACCCAAAUUUCUAUCUUCCUUUCGCUCACUACGGUAUUCUGCCAUCUGAAGAUGAUGCUCUGGACGCAUAACAGGUACAUCUUCCCAUUUUAUUCGUUUCUUAUUAGGAAGCUCUCAAUUCAUUAUUAUACGGUAUUCCAAAAGCCUGUAAAAAGUCAAAAAAAAAAGUUUGGAAUUUUCUAUAAAUUUGUUCAAAAUAUAUUUGACGGACUGAAAAUCGGUCCCACAUAAUCUCUUCUAGUUUUGGAGAUAUAACCUUCCAAAGAUUUUAUCCUUAACCAUGUGACGCCGUUUGGAAGGAAUGUCUUCGCGCCACCAACCAUUGCAUGACAGCUAGGGGAGUGGCGCAGUGGGUAGCGCGAUAGCUUGCAAAGCCUAUUCCGAAGGUUCCUAUCGCCGCUACCGUUCUUUUUGCCGUUUUUUUUUUUUUUUUUUGACGGAUUCUGAUGAAAAGAUCGAAAUUUCAUGAUUAGAACCGUUCUAAAAAUUGGUUCCCAGUUCAUCAAAGAUUUUUCGAGCAAACUAUAGAAAAUUCCAAACUUUACGCCUUCCUUGUUAGUUGGCGGUCAACAACGUUGAGUCACCAUCAAUAGACCUGGAAGUCCUCCACACCAAGCAGCUCGAGAAGCGCACUUUUCUCAGCUCGGACAAGGGCUCAGGCUCUCGAAAACCAUCGCCCACGUUACCGUCAGCCGGUGACGCGGCUGUUUUUGUUAAAGGAGGAUUUUUGGGCGCGAAACGAGGUGCUAGGCGGUGGCUCCUGAACUUCGAGGACUCGCGCUACACGGCGGCAGUUUGUUUGUUGACGUGUGUCCGAUACGGACCGACUUGCACUGUUGCAAGUCUCAGCAGAAGCGUCUUGCGACGACGUCUUCGCCUUUUUUGUCCGCCCGAAUAGUCUUACUUCUCAGCGGCAACCAAAACAUAUUGAAUUGUGACCUUUUUUGCUGCCUUUUUGGGCCAUUUCAUUGGCUCUUAUGCACCAUUUUUGCUGCCUCUCCCUUUUUCCACCAUUUCUUGAGCUUUUAAAACCCCAGAAAAAAUUGAAGGCUCAAUAGAGGGACUCUCUUUGCUGCCUUUUUGAUGCCUUUCUGCGGUCUUUCCGCGACCUUUUUGCUGCCUUUCUGCGGCCUUUUUAGCCUCUCUCUCUUCAUCCACCAUUCCGAUUUUGCCCGAGUUCUUGAUAAUCUCAUUUUUUUUUCUUUUUAGUCAGAAUAUUUUCUGCGAGUUCUCCGCUAGUUGAGAUGUUGUAGGGCAGAAAAAGACCAAAAAAUCGGCUAAAGUAUUUUUGGCCGAAAAAAAAGUGUUCUCGAGGAGCCGACAGAGGUUCGAACUGCAACCCUCGAAGAAACGGUGUUGGAAUAAAAGUUGUAAAUACUGAGGGCCUAUUUCGAGGUCGACGUGUGUCGAACACUCGAAGCCUCCUCCGGAAGUCUCCCUCGGCACUGUUUGCCCAGGCUUUGCCGCGCUUGACUCCGCCUGACGCUUAUUAUUUUUUUUGUUGUGAACAUCCUUUUAUCACGGCUAACCUUUUUCUGAUCCAUCCUAUCGUUUUAAUCAUUUUUGAAAAUGAAUUUUAAACUUAUAUGACUAUAUUUCUUUAAAAGUUCUAGACAAGAUCUCAAUUGCCAAUAUGUUCCUUACAAGGGAGGUAAUUUCGUGGUUGGGAAUUUCCUGAAAACUGGCCAGAACGGUCCUUGAUGUACCAAAUGCACAACCUCCUCGUUUUCGAGAAAAGACGUCUCAAAGUCAAGGAAAACCCUCAAAAUCCACAAAAAUGGGGUUUUAGGUCCUUAUUUCUCGUAAAGUAGGAAGUUGUGCAGGCUGAGACUUUCAGGAUCUUUUUUUAUAACUACAAGGAGUAUUUUAGUCAAUUUUCAGGAAAUUCCCAACUAGUAAAAUGACCUCCCAUGUUAGUUAUCCAAACCAUAUUCAAGUGUUGAUUUUUCUGUUGGUUAGUCCAUCUAACUCGAUUUUUUUCUCGAGCCAACUUGAAAGAAAAGUUCCUGGAAGUGUUUUCUUCGCUCUACACGCCUUCAAUGCUCAAUUUUUCCUCUCUUUCUUGAAUUUUCAUCCCUCACUCAACCUAAAUUACUCUUCCGAGUCAACAAAAUUUCAAGAAAUGAAACAUGGAAUAAAAAAAGAUGGUCGAAAAGGCUGAAUUAGAAGUAAAGGCUAUGGUAUUUUUCAUCUUUCCAUCAAUUCCAUCUGAUUAAAAAAAUCAAUAAUAUGGAUUGAUGAUUUAAUUUUCACCAUGAGAAAACCUUUUUUGAACAAGUUUUCUGACGUUUACAUUUUAAGCCUUUGCGUAAUCAUUUUUGAUGCUUGUAAAAGUGGAAAAGUUUACCUAUUUUUUUCGUCCCUACCUAGUAAAAACAUGAAAACUUUUUUUUCUCUCUCUUAUUUAUCAGAAUAACGAUGAGAUGACGUCACGGGCGAUGAGCAAACAGACAAAAUCGUGGUGAAAUUUGAAUCCGAGCCCCAAAACGGCUCGCAUUCGUGUGCCAAUUGGCGGAUUUCAUUUCGACUAUGCCUCUGGGGCGGCGUCUGCGCAUUUCUUCAACUGUGGCGAGAGUUUCCGAAUGUUUCUCGGAACAACAGGAAAUUGUGUGGCCUGAGAAGGAGCACGCGUCCUUAAAAGCUUGCCCCGACCACGUGGAUUUCUCACUUACGUCCAAUUGGACCACAGAUCUUCCUGUUAUUCUUCCUGGCAGGCUUGUGCGUCAGGCCGGCCGGUCGGGCCCUGGCCCGGUCUUUGGGCACACAAAUUUAAUAAAAGCCUGCGGGGCUCGGGCCAGGGGCUUCGAAAGAAUUCUUAAGUUUUAUUUUGAAACAAUUUCACGGAAAAUUAUUUUUACUUGUUGAAUCAUAGUUUCUAAUAACUCUAUGAGAAAAAAUGAGCAAAAAAACCACUUUUCUUGUUAAAAAAGUGAAAAAUUCGACUUGAAGAGAAUUUGAGUUUUUUGGGCCGGGCCGGCAAUUUUUGCUUAUGGGCUCCCUAGGACCGGGCCGGGAGGCCGAGAGGUUAACGGGCCGGCCCUCGCACAAGCCUGCUUCCUGGGAAUCGAUGGCUCAUAAAUUAUGCCUAGUUUGGCGAUUCCAAGAGCCGGAAUAUAAAUCAAUCCAAAGCUUCAUAGACAUACAGUACCGUCAGAGAAGAUACGAAAAAACGCGACUUUCUUGCAAGGAAUUCGAUCUUCCUAGAAGUUUCUGAAGCUGCGUUUUUUUUUUCUGUGAGCUGAAACUACAUCAGAGUGUUAAAAAUAACGGCCAUGAGGACUCCAGAAAGUUUCAGGAAGAUUGAACUGCUUGCAAGAGAGUUCUGACCGAAACCCCGAUUUUUGAGGAACCUGUAAAAAACUCUAAUUUCCUCCAAAGUUCAAAAACCCGCAGUGGAUUUUUUUUUUCACAAAAUCUAGUCUUUUUCAUAGAAUCUUCAUCUAGUAAGUCGAUAAAACUGAAAAUAUGUUAGCUCAAGUAAAAAUGAACUUCCUUAGAGGAGAUCAACUACUUUUCUCCUCAUUUUUCCUUUUGAUUAAAUGAUUUUUUCGAAUCCCUAAAAUUGUUUCAUAAAUCGACGUGUUAAAAGGGGCAGUAAAAAGUUUGAUAAAAAAAAUGCCGUUUUUAGAGCACUUUCCUGUCGAAGGGUGAACUUGGAAACGUACAGAACUUCCUAGUUUUGAAGAAAUUCAAAGUCGGAGAGUGAAAAUUUCCCGCCAAAAGGGCGUUUUGCAGUAAAGUUGCUCUAAGGACAACAAGCUUCGCCAUUUUUCGGAUUUUCGCUUUUUUCUUCGUUUGUUUCAAAUUUCAAUUUUUUCUGUUCUCACGGCUUUUUAAUGAACUUUUUCAAGGUCAAUUUUUAAAUCCUGAAGGUUUAAAAUAGUUCGCCAACUACACUUGAGAAAAGAUCGGAUUUCCUCGGUCAAAGGUUCAGCUAUUUUCAUCCUUUUGACGGACAAGAAGCACUUGGUCGUCGGUCGACUUUUUUUUUUUGUGAUCACAAUGCCGCCAAACAAAUUAACUCACAACAGAGUGUUUGGUCGAAAGCCUCGAAACACUGUAGAAAGACGGCCGAACACUGCUUCGGGGGGUCGGUGCAACUGAACACACAAACCGUCUUUCCAGCAUGUGGCAUUUUGAGUGGCUUUCUAUGAGUUUGUGCCAACGGCUCGCCAUUUUCCCGUCUCUUCUUGAGCUCCUAUUGAGCCCAGUCGUCUUAUUUCAUGACGCUCCUUUUAUUUUUUUCAAAACAUUGAGUUUUAUUUUCUUCCUGCUUCCGGCUUUUUUUGCUUCUCAUGCCUUCUUUCUUCAGAUUUUUCCGCAUUCCGCAGAUCGUCACAACCACUUCUUUUGGGGGGGUUUUUAAUAGCUUCCAAAAGUAAAGUAGGGCUUUGAUGAGUUUUCAAGCAUCUUCAAAAUACACUUUUUUCAAGUUUUUCGGGGAGAGCUGUGAGAAAGAAAAUGCAAAAAUGAUCUUGAGAAUGGACUAUAACAAAAAUGAAUAUGUACCCCACAAUGAACUCUGAAAAAAGGGCCCUUUUCGUUGAUUUUCGGUGCAUGUUGGACCUGGAUGGCGUGCACCCCUGGGGCAACCGGACGGAAAUUUGAGCUACUGUAACAGCCUCCCCUUCAAGUACCACCUCUACGCGGUGAUGGGGAGGCAACGCCAUUUAUGGCGGCUAACGGUACACCGGUCACGCAAUUCGGCUUGCUUCUGCUAACAGAAUGGGCGGUCUUUUUUAGCCCUGGCAAGGCAAAAAGGAUAAUAAGACCACAAUUAAGCUAUAACACGUUCAACACCACGGAUGGAACUUUUUCGCAAGAAUACCAGUCAACCAGGACGACAACACUGGAUGACCGAUUGCAUAAGAUCUCCUGGAAAACGUGUGGUCCACGCUUCGAUCAAUAAAAGGCACUAAAAGGCAAUAAAAGGUCGAAAGCGAAGAUGGACCAUCUAAGUAUCUAAGUAUCUAAGUAAGUAAGUAACAGCCUAGGAGGAUACUGUAGAAAAUGGAGAUAUUGGAAAAAGAAUCUCUUCAAAGUCGUGUACGGAAUGAGCAUCUGGUUACACUGCGCGGUGCACCGAGGGUCUACUCGGGGUGCACCACAACUUGGGGUGCGCCGCAACUUUUCUGUAGAAUGUAAUGUAUUUUUAGUAAAUGUUUUAUAGCGGCCCAUUUUCCAUAGCAAAGUUUUCAACUACUCAAUAAGCUUCAAUACAAGUUUCCUGAGAGGAACACGGAUGAAAAUUACCCGGAAGCCUUGGGAAACCCCAUCGCAGAUAUAUUUCCCUGAGGAGCUCUCAGCUGACGACGGAGGGCGGUCAGCAUGGCAAGUUGCCAGUGUAAGCAAGUCAGCUGCCAGUUGAAAUUAACAGUUAUUUGCUGGACAUCCAUCUCCUAGCCUUUAAUGACCCCCGACGUCGUUAACGAACUGAUGCAAAAUUCGUUUUAAUGUAGAUUUUUAUGGAACGUAGUACUAAUUUUCAGUAACAACUGCUGGUUUCAGAGAGUUCGUAUUGAUUUUUUCUGGACUUUUUUGUGUCGUAACAAGGAAUGUCAUUUUACUCUGUGGUUGGGAAUUUCCUUAAAUUCGGUCAGAACACUCCUCGACGUCCAAAAAAAGAUUCUGAGCAUCUACAAACUCUUAGUUUUUGUGAGAAAAAAUCUUAAAAAUUCGUCAAAAAGGCCAUUUUUGAGGUUUUGAGUUCUUAUUUCUUGAAAACUAGGAAGCUUUGCAGGGUAGGGCCUUAAUUUGAUAUUUUAAAAAUAUGGUGGAAAAAAAGGAUCCAUAUAAAGGUACCUUUUUUGUCCGUUUCAUCGCCCCUUAUCCACCCUUUUUCCAUCAUUUCUUGAGCCUAAAAUGCCAAAAAAAAAGCUCCUUUUGCUGCCUUUUUUGAGUCUCUAUCGAGUUUCAUUACUGUUCAGAACCUUUUCACUCAAUUCCGUAACGGUACUUUUUUCAUAUACGCUGCAUUUGAUUGGCCACAGAAAGAGGAAGCAUCUGAAGAACGAGUGCUCGAAGGGUACACGUGCGCCGGAAACGCACGAACGGCACACUGGAGUGGCCAGUGUAAAGAGAUCAAUCGGCGGCUGAAGCAGUGGACAUCGGGCUGUUUCCAGGCUGCGUCUUGACCGCUUCAGGCCGAUUUCUGGCCGCUUUCACGUGUUCUCUCUGUUUUUAAGACUUUUUAUUGCAUCUUCAAUAUAAGAAUACAUGUGCAAUCGACUUUCAUUGAUUUUACUGUGUUUAAACGGUGGAAGGAGCUGUGGCUUAGGCAGAGAAGUUGUGAAUUUCGCUCGUAGAACGUCAGGUACAAGAGAGGUCGUAGGAAUAAGUACUGUGCCGGCUUUCCAAAGGCCGAUGGCAGAGAUUGAGCUUUUUCGCUGCAUGCAGCUCCCAAUUUUAUCUACCCCGGAGGGAUGAAAGGCUUGGUCGACCUCGGGGGGACUCGAACCUACGACCUUGCGGACGUUAAAAAUGAGUUAUGCCAAGUGAGCUAUGCCGCCCCGUUCCAGAGUGAUCUCUCUAUCAUCUUCGAAUUAGAAGAGUUCCUUUUUUUUUAUUUAUUUCACGACUCCUAGUGUUUUUUGAAACUCCAGAAAGUGCUGAAAAUCGGGAUAGCUUCUAAAAAAAGGUCACUUUUCCCAAAAAUCUCUUUUCUUUCUUCUUUUUUGAAACACUUAAAAAGUGUGAAAGAUGAGUCACAACAGCUGGCCGGUGUUUUUGAAGGCUCAGUGUAGUAGAAAUUAACACCAGCAAGGGCUUUUCCACGUUCUUUCGGGCUUUUCGGCGAGUUGAAUCAAUUAUACCAACUUAGAGAUUCCAGAGUGGUCCCUAUAGAGGUUAGGGAAACAACCCCUAUAGGGGCCGUGAAAGUGGUCCAUAUAGGGGUCAUUCAAAUUCAUUUAAUAAACUCUUAUUUAUUGAGUUUUUCACAUGGAAAUGCUUCUUCGCUUAGAGUUCAUCAUGUCCCCUAAAGGGACCACUAAGUAAAACCUCUAUAGGGACCACUUUUGCAAACUAUAGUGCAAGCACUUAGAAAUUAAAAGUGGUCCCUAUGGGGUUUAGGGUCUGAUCCCUUAGCCUGUAAAGCUCAAGUGGAUCCUAUAGGGGUCUUUCGAUUUCAUUCAAAAAACGCUUUUUUUCAGUUUUCCCAUGAAAAUGCUUCUUCGCCCGGAGUUCAUAACAAUUACCGACAUGUUCCUUAUAGGGUCCACUUGUGCACGCUUUAGUGGCCCCUAUAGGAGUUGGGAAAGUGGUCCCUAGAGGGCACUCUUCAAGGACCAAAUGGUUGCCCCUCUGGAACUUUUGAACUGGUGAACGUUUUCCUGACUAUCUCUUCACACAUCUUCUGGACAUCAGAGAAGUAAAAACAAAGAAGAAUGAGAUUAGAUCCGUUCCGCUAGUUAGGAUCGUUGGACCUUCAUGCUCUCUUCUUCUCGUUACUUCUUCUUUUUUUUUACUUUGUUUUCUCUUUUUCUUCCCAUUUUUUUCUUACUUCUAUCUUCCGGGUGGGCAUAGAUAGAGGGAUAGAGCAUCGAGGGAUUGAAUUAAUUCAGUCUUUUGCUCUUGGAGCAUCUCUAAUGAUUCUCGGGGGUUAUUGAAAAAUGUCAUUUGUCGUUCGAGCGUAUUUCUUCUGCAACUCGUCUCGUUCUUACAACACAAGGAGAUGGCUGUCAUGUCGAAAGACAUGGGAGAAGGACCUCCCAGGAUUUGGCUAUUUUUUUUAAAUUUUGAACCUUUUUUUUGGAAAUUGAGGAGCCCGAAAAUUCCUUUGUUGUUUUCGUCUGCUAAAUUUGUAUUGAAAAGAGAAAUCCGACAUAGCAAAAAGUUUUUCUGCAAUUUCAUCUCUUUUCCUUGAUUGAUGUUCUCUUUAUUUGAGCUACUUCUAUUUUUUUCUUUAAAAAAACUCAACUUUUUUUGAAUUUCAGGAAAUACUCUAGGCUUUUUUUCCCGAUACCAAAAAGUCGUCAUGAGUUGGGUUUAGUUGACAUUUGUAAGAAAUUUAUUUUUUUCGUCUGAAAUUUCAAAAGAAGAAAAAAAGUUUCUUUUCCUUUUUUUAUUUUUUUGUUUUUUUCCUCCUACAUUCUCUUUUUUUGCGCAUUGCUCACGUGUGUUGGCUGAAUUUUCCGUCCGAGCGGACAUGGGAAAUUGGAUAAUUUUCGGAAACUUUAAAAAUUUUUCGUUGAUCAUUUCAAAAAAGUUCAAACUUCAGCUCCAUCUUGACCCAAACCAUGUUGCGAAUACUUAAGUGCCCACUAAAAAUCUUAACCUGUUUUAUGAUUUAACUUUUCUUUGAGUUCUUGAUAAAUUUGCUGUAUCCAAAAUUGAAAUCACUCGGACGCGAAACGGACGUUUCAGUGCAACUCUAGGGAUCACUUAAAAGUGCUGACACUACUAAAGUGGUCACUAGAAAUUCCCAAACACAUCCGUUUCGCGUUUCCCGAGUAAUAGAGAAAAAAUACUUUAAAAAAAAGAUCGAUCAGAAUUUGACUUCAAUUUGACAGAACCGUGCUGAGAAGUCCAGGAAUUCUUGAAAAUGCUCUGAACUUUAUUUUCGAGCUUCCUUUCUGAGUCGAAUUUUACUAAUAUCGACUUAUUCAUGUGAAAUUUUUCAGUAGCAAGUAUCUGAGCGCGGAAAUGAAGCAGCCGUUGCGGUCGCAGUCCUUCAAACACCGCGCCAAGCCGGCCGUCGAGGUCAGUCAAGAAGGCGUCCCUCCAUCGAGAUGUUUUUGAGGUACGAAGAAUGGCCAAAGAUGACGUGAACACGGAUGAACGCCGUCGGAGCACCCCCACGGUCAGCCGUCGUCCCAGCAUUCAGAGGUCCGGCCAAACUCCUCUAUUCCAAUCUUUUCAUGCAUAUUUGUCUGUUUAUUCAAUGAAGCUCCCGUGCGGCUGUGCUGACCACAUGUCAGAAGAGAGAAAAAAGUCCAAAUUUUAAGGCUCACGCUUCUCUUUUUUCUAUGUUCUUUGUCCUUCUAUUUUGUUUUGAUUAAACAUACCCUUUGUAGAAGAGUGAUGGAACCUAGAACCGACGUUUGGCCUGAGCCCAAGUCCGCCAGCGGCCUCGAAGAACGCUUUUUGAAGCUACCCGACAGUGAAGACUACACCAGGUGACUAAUAAUCUUCUCACCGAAUCGAAUUUUAUGAUUAUUACAGAGUGAGACAGUUCAAAAUUGACGAAAAAGGCGCUGUCGUCUCACGUGGAGAUAGUUUUCGACGCAAGCGCAAUGGCAAAAGUGAGUUGGCAAAAAUAUUCAGCUUUCUUGAGAAUAUUUUCCCUGCUAAUAUCAAUUUUUGAAGAUAUGAUAAUUUUCAAAUUUUCACAGUAUUCAAUACUUUUUAAGAGCUUUUUGAAAAUGUGUGUGGCGGAGUAAAUAGGACGUUCUCAUGGAGAAAUUGAUGAUGCCGGAGUUAAAGGAACGUUGAAAAUUAUAAUAGAAUUAUUCCCACAAUCACAGAAAAAAUCGCGCAUUCUCAAAGUUGAAAGGUACUUUAAAAACGACAUAGGCAAAAUCGGAAAAGGCUCUUAGGGUGAGAAAGGUUCCUUUUUUCUGCCAUUUUUGUUGCCUCUUUCUACUAUUUCUUGAGCCGUCAGAAUCCCCGAAAAAAAAAAUGGAAGGCUCGAUAAAGGCACUCUUUUUGCUGCUUUUUUUGAGCCUCUUACUUUCAGCGGUCAUUAUCCACAAUUCCGACUUUGCCCGAGGAUGUGAUAAUUGAAAAGUUUUCUCAGGUGAGAACAAAUCGCCAUCGCCUUUCCCGGUGUCUGUGUCGACGGACUCUGCACGCGGAUCUCCGAGCGAGAGUGAAGAAAGCUCCGUCGACGAUGCCGCCAAAACGGUCCUAGGCAUGGAAGAAAAACUACCAACCACCAGUCAUAAGACCUACAAGGUAGCCCCCGACAUCUAUUCUUUUUGUCUUGAACACUUUCAAUAUCUUUCGGCAUGCUCAAAGAAACAUUCCAGAUCUAUGUCGUUGGUGAGACUGGAACCGGAAAAAGCUCUCUGAUUUCUCAACUCAUCACUUCUGAGUACAAAAACGCUUUCGCCGACGAGAUUCGUUAGUUUCAUAGGAAAUGUCGUUAUAUUUUGAAGAAAUUACAGAAGACUACGAAAACACGGUGUCAAUCAGUAUCGGAGGCGUCGAAUGCGAUUUAGUAUUCUUUGAAAGCGACUUGGUUUGGAGCUGCGAAAGAGGAUUCAGUUUGAAGGUUGAAAUUCAGAACACGUCGUGUUGGUUGACGCCCGACAUUCACUCAUUCCUGGUCGUCUACAGUAUCGACUCACGGACGUCUUGGAAGCAAGCCAUCGGUGCCAUCGAGGUCGGUGAUCAUACGGGAAUCUUUUUGAAUCGAGGAUGGUUCAGAUGAUCAGAGAGUGUCGCGAAUGUCGCAACAUUCCGAUCCUUGUUGCUGGCAACAAGGUUGAUCUCGAGCGGAAAAGGACCGUCAACAAAAGCGGCGAGUUGCGAGAGACUCAAUUUGAUGAGGUUUCUGGUUUUCAGAAGUGCGGUCAGCGAAAGCGACACUCGGGUUUGAGCACUUUGAGAUCUCCGUCGCCCUCGACCACGAUGUCGAUGAUCUUUUGGUUGGUCUCGUCGCUGAGAUCCAAGAAGCCUUCUGCACAGAAGUCGUCCCGGAGAAGGUUGCCAAAUAUCAUUAAGCCGGAAAGUAAAUUGAAGAUUUUUCAGCCUUCGCCUAGGAAGGUCGACGACUUCCACAGCGCAAUUAGAAGAUAUUCUCAAAGAAAAAAGAAGGUGCAACCGUCAAAUAUUGAAGACGGUGGGUUCAGAGAAAUGGAGGAAAAUAAUUCAAUUUUUUUAGGCAAGUGCUCGGUUCUUUCUCCGGCAGCGAUUUUUUCCCGGUUUAAAAAUUGGCGCCGCGGAAGUUCGCCACGAAUAGAGACCAAUUGA